AUGAAUGAAACACAUCCCCCCCAAAAAAAUGAAUAUGGAGAGUCACAUUCCUCUAAGACGAAGAAAAAUAAAAUUAUAAAAAAAAUGAUUUUAAAAAAGCUAGAACGACGAAUGAAAACGAGAUUACAUAAAUUAGAUGACCAAUACAAUGAUUUAGUUAAUAUUAGUAAAUAUUUAAAUAGUGUAGAAAUUGGAAAUAAUAUGCAAUUAUUUAAAAAGUUAGCAAAUAAAAUUUCUAAAAAAAUAAGAAUUGCUAAUGAAGAAAAUAAUGAUGAUAUAGCCAUAUUAAAAAUAGAAAGGGAUUUGAUAAGAUCCAAUAUUGUAAAUAAUAAAAAGGGAUUGAAAACAUACAAUAAAGAUGAGCAACAACUCGAAGAUGACGAAUGUAUAGAGAAUGAAACAGAAAAAAAUGCAAAAUAUGAAAAAAGGAAAAAAAAAAAAAAAAAAACAUCGCAUUCACAUUCAUCACAUAGUUAUGUUAAUUCAGUUACCCCUUUACAAAUAUUUCAUGAUAAUAACUUAUGUAUGAAUAAUAAAUGCUAUCAUAAUGAUUUUUUAUUUGAUAAUUUAAAAAUUAAAAAUUCAAUAAUUAUGGAUUUAUUUAACGCUUUAGCAAAAAAUAAAUAUUUUAAAGAAACAAAUUGUUGCGAUCAAAUGUUUGAUCAAAGCAAUAACAGUAUAAUAUAUAAAAAGGAAAAAAAAAAAUUAAAAAAAAAAAGAAAGCUACUUCAUUCAGUUUUUUUUAAUAACGAUAAGAAUAAAAAAAAAAAGAGAAAAUUAACAAAUGAAAAAGAUAAAUUAAAUAAUGAAAUGGAAGGAAUACACGUAGAUGGAAAAGUUGGAGAAAAUAUCAAUCCAAAUAAUGUCACAGAAUAUAUAUCUGAGCAAAAUGCAAGCCCACCCUUAGGUGUAGAUGGAUGCAUUCCAAAUUCAAGUGAAGUAGAAAAGGAAGUGUUCAAAAAUAUAAAUAGUAAUAAAAUAAAUAUCAAAAGUAAUAAUCGUAAUUUUUCGUCGUUCAAUGAUAGUAACUUUUACAAUUCGUCAAACUUUGUAGUUGACAAUAACAAAAAUAGAGCUUACUGGAUUUCCAUGAAAAAAGAAAUAAAUAAAAACGUCUGUGAAACUAAUACAAAAACGAUUACAUCAAAUAUAUUAACGUUUUUUUCUAGUAUAAGUAAAAUAUUUUAUUGUGAAGUUAUUGAUAAAAAAAAAGAUAAAUUAUAUAUAAAUGAUGAUAUUAAAAAUCAAAAAAGAAACAGGUUUUAUGAAUAUGCAAUAUCUGAUGGGUGCUAUUUAUCAAACCCUAAAAAAUUCAUAUAUGAAAAAAAUUGUGAAAAUAAUGAGGAAGAAUAUUAUAACACUCAUAAUGAUCACAAUGGUUUUGAAAAAAAUAAUUAUAUUUACAUAUAUGUUAAAAGAGAGUAUAUUCCUGAAAAAUUAUUAAAUUUAAAAAAAAAUCAUAAAAUAAAACUUAUUUUAAAUUUCCCGUUCAAUGAUUUGGAUAUGUUCUAUAAAGGGCGAGUUAAAAAAAACGAACAAAAUGAAAAGAAUUGGAAUAUAAGUUUUUCCUCCAAUAGUAAAAAACAUGGUAGUGAUGAUGUAGCUAAAACGAAUAUGAAAGAUUGCAUAAAAAAAGAGGAAACAUGUAAUGAAAAAGGUAAAAAAAAUGGAGAAGACGAAGACCAUGAUGAAGAUUAUUAUGAAGAGAGACAGGGGCAUGGAUGCAUAUCUACUGAUGAUAACCAUUCAUUAGAAAAAAAACAAGAAAAAAAAAAUAUAAAAAACGAAAAUGAAAACAAUUUUGAUAAGUAUAAUAUACAAGUAGGAUCGUGUAUAUAUAAAUAUAAAAACAUUUUUAAUAGAAGUAAAUAUAAAAAAAAAAAAAAAAAAAAAAAUAAUAUCAAUACAAUAAUAGCAAUGGAUGAUUGUUAUCUUUUUAAUAAUAUCUAUUUAAAUUAUUUAAAUAAAAAAGAUUCACAUGAUAAAAAAAAAUAUAAUUAUUGCGAUGUUGAUAUUUUGGAAUAUGAUCCCGCUAAUUAUGAUGUAGAAGAUAUAAUGAUCCAUUUAGAAAAAAUUAUAAAAAAAAAAACAAAAUAUAGUAUCCCAUCAUCGCCUUUUACUCCAUCUUUUUUAUUAAAUUAUAUAAAUAAAAAAUAUGCAUUAUAUUAUAUUAAAGGGAAUAAAAAAACGAAAAUUAUUUAUAAUAAAAAAGACAGAAUGAGAGAUUACGAAAUGAAAAAGAUGAAAAAAAUUGAAUAUAAUAAAAUUAAAAAAGAAAAAGAAGCUGAAAUGAAUAACAAUAAUAAUGAAUCAAAUUAUGGUCAAACACUGUCUCAGAAUAAUGAUAAUACAUUAAAUAAAAAAAAUAUAUCCAAAAAUCAAAUUAAAAACGUAAGUAAUAAUAAACAUGAAUUAUACAAUAAGAGGAAAUCUGUAUCUAAGAAAGCGAAUCAAACUGAUAGCUAUAAUAGUAAGAAGAAGGAAAGGGAAAAAAAGAAAAAAAAUAUAUUUUUUGUAUUUGACAAUGAAAUGUUGAUGCAUACUGGAAUGAUAAAUAAAAAUUGGAAUGAUACUGGUAGUAAUUUUACUGAAAAUAAUUACAGUAAUAAUUUUAAUAGUGAACAAAGUAAUUUACAAAAUGGCAACCAAUUAAAAAAAGAGGUAAUAGAAACAGAAUAUUUAAUGAUUUACAAUCAUAUGCUAAGUUAUAAUAAUUGUUCCGAUGAAAUAAUAUUAAAAUAUUAUAUUUGUCACAUAGAAAACCGUGAUUUUAAUUUUGAGAUUCGAAAUAAAUAUAUUCCUAUUGGUGUUCUACACUUUUAUGAUUAUUAUUUAGAUAGAAAAACUCGACUUGAAAAAACAUUAAAAGAACAUUCAAAAGUUUAUAAAGAAAUAUAUAAAUUAUGGAAAGAAGAUAUUGAUAUACAUGAAAAAGAAAGAGAAAAAAAAAAUAUAUUUGCAUGGGGGAUUUUACCAGUACGAGCAUAUGAUCAUCCUAACAUGUUCGUUCCUUUACCAUGUGGGUUUAAACAUAAUAAUAAAAAUUUAGCAUAUAAUAUCCUGACAACAAAUGAUAAGAAUAGUAAUUAUGAUGAUAACUUAUUAGAAAAAAAAGAAAAAAAAAAAGAAUAUAUGAAUAUUAAAUAUGCUAAUUUAACGGGUCCAUGUGUAAAUUGGAGAAAACAUUGCAUAUUUUUUAAUGAUACAAAAACAAAUAGAUUUUUUCACUUUUCAUCGAUAUAUCCAUAUUAUUAUUGUAUGCAAAAUAUUAUGUUAUCAAUAUUCUCUUUAGAAAGAAAUGUUAUAUACAACAACACUAAUAAUAUAUUGAAAAUAAAACCUGAUGAUCAAAAUAGUGCCGAUAAUAGUAUGUGUAAGCAUGAAAAUCAAGAUAAAUUAUAUAUAGAAAAUACUUUGAACAAUACAUUAAAUAAAAAGAUAGAGGGGAACAGCCGCCAUAAUAGCGUGCAUGUUAAUGAACCGUCGCAAUAUUUUAGUAAUGAAAAUAUUUUAUACGAAAAAAAUAACAUUUGGAAUAAACAAGAGAUUAGAAUAUUUUUAGACAAAUAUUUUACAUACCCUAAAAAUUUUGAAAAGAUAAGUCAAUACUUAGAAUUUAAAAAUACAAGACAAUGUGUUGAUUUUUAUUAUACAACAAAAAAUUUUUUUAAUUUAAAAAAAAUAUUAUUAACAUUAACAGAAAGUAAGAUAAAAAGACCUAAAAAAUGCUUAGCAUCAGUUAAUGAUGUAAGUAAAAAAAAUUUGAAAGAAGAAAUUGUGAAUAAAUUAUUAAAAAAGUUAGAAAAUAAUAAUAUGAAAACUGAAUUUGAAGAAUCAAAUUAUGUUAAUUGUAAUUAUAUAAGUAUGAGAAUUUUCUUUAAAAAACUUUUUGAAAAAACAUAUAAAAAUAUGUCUGGUAAAAAUUUACAAAAUAAAGCCCCUAUUAAUAAGCAUAAUUAUUAUAACAAUAGUUUAAGCAAAGGAAUAUUGCUUGAAAAUAUGUCGGAUGGAUAUAUAGUUCCACAAAAUUAUAACUUUAUUUUAAGUUCAAAUAGGAAAUUAUGUUUUUUAAUUAAAAAUGAUGAAGAUAUUUAUCAGGGAGUUAAUUCGGAUAUCGUUGAAAUAAAGUAUAAUGAUAACCUCGAAGAUGAUAAAAAAAAAGAUGAUAAAAAAAAAAAAAAUAAUAAUGCACAUAAUGCUAAGAAAAUAUCAGAUGCCAUAUCAGUUGGGUCUCUUAAUAAUACUUCGCCUCAAAAAUACACUACUAUCGAAAUGAAUCCGAAUUAUAAUGAUAAUGAAAUAAAUAUCGACAAAAAUGACCAUGGGCAAUGUAGUUUUAAGAAAAGUAACACUGUAAACCAAAGUUUAAAUUUUUCAAAUAAUUAUCAUGAAAACAAUAAAAAAAUGAAUAAUAGAAACAACAUAAUUUCAUCUUAUCCUCAAAAAAACAACACAAAUAACGAAUAUUCCUGUUCGCAUUACCCUCAAAAUGAAAAAAAUCAUUUACUAAAAAAUGAAAGCAGUCAAGAAACUCUAGAGGUGGAAAGAGGGAAAACAAAUAUAUAUGCAGAAAAUUUAGAUCCACACAAUAAUAUAGACCAUUAUAAUAAAAAUUACCAAUAUGGUAAAGGGAAUAAUCAUAGCUAUAUAAAUGGGCAUCAAAAUACCAUUGAAAAUAAUAUGGAGGAUUCAAGAACCGAAUUGGGUUAUAAUAAUAACGAGCAAAAUCCCAAUGUUAAUAGAAAUUUAUGUGGCAAAAAUGCUCAAAUUGAAGCAUGUGAAGAAAGUUUAUACAAAUGCUUUGAAUUUUUAAAAAAUAUGAACCAACGAAAUAGUGAAAAUUUGAAUAAAAAUUAUGCAGCUAGCCAAAAGUCCGCUUCACUAUAUUUUGAUUGUAAAUUAAAAAAAGGAAUAAAAAAAAAAAUUUUAAAAAAAAAAAAAAUUUUAGCACAACAAAAAGAAAAAAUAGUAAGCAAAAAUGGUACAUCAAAAGUUAAUAUAACAAAUAGUGUGUCUGAAAAAAAAGGAAAAAAUAAUAGAACAAACAAAAGACCAAUACAAGAAUUAUCCGAAUAUAAUAUGUCGAAAAAAAAAUUAUUAAACAGAGUAAAAAGCUAUAAUGGAAAUGAUGCAAUAAGAAGUAAUAAUAAAUUAGGAAAUAUUUAUGAAAAAACAAAUAAUGGAAAAACGACGGAAAAUAUAUAUUAUAAUGAAGAAAAUACUAAGCACAAAAAGAAUAAUAAAUAUGCUUCUCAAACAGAGGGAAAUUAUAAGGAAAUAGAUUAUCGUGAAUAUGCGCAAAAAUUAAAAGAUGAAAUUCGGAUGAAAUACGCCAAAAAAAAUAACAAUGCUCAUGUAAAUAAAAAUAAAGAUAUAUAUAAUGGUAAUUAUGAUGAAAAUUAUUAUUAUGAUAAAGUAGAAAGAAAAGGCAAUAUUAGCUAUGAGGGAGCUGGUCCUAUUUGCAACUAUUCAGAAAUGGAUUAUAAAAAUGGAAAUAUUAUAGGAAAUAGUUAUAUGCCUUUAGAUAUUAAUAACACUAACCCAUAUUAUAAUAUGGGCUUAGGAAAUAAUAAAAACACAAGUGAUAAUAGUAAAUCUGCUAUGGUUCAUUCAUUGAAUCACCAACAAAUGGAAAAUUAUGAUGACGAAUUUUUGGACCCAUUAAAAAGUAACGCUCAACGGAAAACAGCAACAAAAUGGACCGAUAGAGAAAAAGAAAUUUAUUUUGACACAUUUUCAAAAGAUGGAAAAAAUUGGGACUCUUUAUUUUUAGCGCUAAAAUCUUUUGGAAAAACUAAAGAUCAAAUUAAAAAUUUCUAUCAAAAUUCAAUUGUGAGAAGAAGAAAAGGUGAUAUGCUAUAA